AUUCUUUGGCGUGACAUAAAAGGGUAAACUCGUCUUGACAUGAACUGAAAAGGAAGACCUAGACAUCAAAUGCGCAAAAUCGGGCCUUGUUCCAUUCAAAACAGCUAAAUGAUGACUCUACUACCUCUUGCCCUCGUGAUACUGGCGCUAAGUAACCAUAUAAUUAUUAAUUCAGUGUCAGGUGUCGAAUGGCCCGCUGGGUCCUACGGACUGCCUCGUGCUUUGUCCGGAUGUCCGGAGACGAGUUUUAACUGGCGGACAGGAUGGAUAUUCCAGGAUACCGAGGACAAGAAUCCCAGUAAUGGACGAUCGGCGAGUCUUCACGUUGACGGCUUUGUACGGCCAAGCAGUGUCAAUAGGUCUUUCUGUAUGAAGGUCUCAAUAUUAGGCGACGACAAGCGACCACAGCAGUGGCCACAAGGCCAAUAUUGCCUGUAUCAAAGUACAUCUAAAUGUCCUUUUGGUCUUUCCUCCGGGUACGUUAACUGGGACGAUGAGGACAACGAUAGCGGAAACAAAAAAAAAGGUUUCAUUCCAAGAGGUACAUACUACUGGGCUACAACAAAAAUAUUUUUCUGUUGUAAGACAUAUGGAAGCAAGACAAUUGCAAUAAGUCUUCCCACGGAAAGCGCCUUCUAUCUGUUAGCGUAUGGGUCAGCGGUUUGCCAACAAGUCCAAUGGGCAACGGUGACGUCAGAGUGGAUUUUUUAUGACACUGAAAAUUGGGGCAAUGAAGAUGACGUAAAAGCACCUUAUCCAUAUGGAGCGACAAGGUCAGGAAAAGGACAUCAAAUACAUUACUGCUACUACACAAGCUGUAACUACACACUUACAGACCGGCAUGGCUCAUUCCAGUCCCCUUAUUUCCCCUCCAACUACCCAAAUGGACAGCUCUGCUCGUGGAGAAUUAUGGGAAUUGAGGGAGAGUCAAUACGUGUUCGGUUCUCAAAUUUCUCACUUAGUAAUUCAACUGAUGAUUUUGUGGAGAUUUACGAUGGCAGCAAUGAGGCAGCCAAUCAAAUUGUCGUGUUGAAGGACCAUGGUCAGCCACGUGAUAUAACCUCAUCUGCGCAUGCACUGUUUUUGAUCUUUCGCUCGGACGAGACCGGGAACGCCGCGGGAUUUCGCGCCUUAUACGACAUUGUUGGUAAAUCCACGAAACCACCACCAGCAACGCCAAGAACAACAACAAAGGACGAGGCGUCGAUGCGUCCUAUAUACUCCGUCCCAUACACAGGAAAGAGCCACGCCCUCACCCCUACCCCCACAGAGAAUUCUAACAGUUCGCACGACAAAUUCAAGCGCGCAUGCAUACAGGGUGACGCACCUGAUAAUACGCCACUUAUAGCGAUACCGCUGGUCUGUAUGCUUGUCGUCCUAAUUGUGGCCGCUUUCUUGUUAUACCGCUGGAGAAAGCUACAAAUAGGAAAGCGAGAGGAGACAGCAGUCAGAUAUCAGGCAGAGUCUGUGGCAAAUCCAUCUUAUCUACGUGGCGAAACGAUACAAAACAAUCUGAUGAAUCAACACACGCCUACCGGGCGUGAGUCCGCAGAAAAUCCUUAUGCGGUCAGUGGCGCCUCAUCCGGGGAAUUGUACCAGGAGAUUAAGACGCGCACACAGGAAUCAGAUAAUCCGCUGUACCAGGACGCUGAGCCCGCGAGGCCAAGUGGCACGGGAAACCACCUGUAUGAUAGUUUGGCCUGACGAUUUGAGUGUCCAUGGACGUUUGUCGGCAGCGGAAUCUAAAGAGAAUAAAACGAGGAAGGGGAAGGGAGAAGAGGAACGGGAAAACACAGAAUUGAGCAAGGACGUAAUAGGUGUAAAAUUUUAAGCAAAGCUGAUUAUUUCUAAAUUAUAUUUUUCUAAACAACUCAACAAACAAUUUGAUAACUAGUUAAUUUGCUUGAACGGAGUUAUCGAGUGAAGUAUCUUUAAAUAUAUUUUGUGAACAACGUUUGUAAAUACAUUACAGAGGGUGGAUAAAAAAUUCGCGCUCUUUUUUAA